CUUGUUUACAUUCCUUGAAGUGAUGGUGGCUCUGGCGGCGCGUGAUCAGCCGCUGCCCAUUUUGCUGACCUGCAAGUACCUCCUGAGUCUCGUCCUCGGUCUGGGACUCCUGCUGACCUUGGUGCAGUCCGAGUUCGAGCUGCAGGCGUGUCUGAGGGCGCUGAGGAUCUACAGCUUGGUCGUGGUGGUGCUGCAAGUGGCGCUGCAGUUCGUGGUUCCGGAGGCCUCGGCGUUGCACCCGGGAGGAGGAGGCAGCGGCGAAGGACACAUUACUGCGGGAUUCGGCAAGGGGAAGGCCAGGAAUAAGGCCGGGAAGCUUGUCGAUUUCUUCUUGGUGGUGAUUCUCAGCAUCUUCAGUGUAUGCCUCACACACAUUGUAACUGUGCUGUACGGAGCAUAUUUGAUUGAGAAUAUUGAGGAGACGUUCACAUUCAGCAUACUAGUUGCAUCUCUAGCAUUUGUCAGACCCCUUGUAACCCUUGGCCCUGGUGCUCUUGGUGUUAUUAUUGAAAGAGCAAGUUUUGAGGAAGAACCUGUACUCCAGAGUCUCACCGCAGUCGUGGGAGCUUGGUUUGGUGCUUUGCCUAUUCCACUGGACUGGGACACACCUUGGCAGGUUUGGCCUUUGACUUGCUGCAUUGGGGCAGUAAUUGGUGAAGUUGGAGCCUCGGCUUACUUGCUGUCUAAGAUAUACAAGGUGGUGGACUCAAGAAAGAAAAAUAAGUCUACUUAAUAAUUUUUUUCAGUCGUUAUUAUCAGUUACUAGUAAUUACAGUAAUACCCUAGGCAUUGCUUUACACUUGAACUUAUUGUUUUUUAAAAACUUCUUAUUUACCAAUUCAUCACAGAUUGUUAGUAUGCUGUAAAAUCUUUUUGAUUCUUCUGUAAACCAUUUCCCAUGAACAGUGUGAGCAAGGAUUGCCAAGAGCUAAAGUCACUGUAUGACAACUGUUUCAAUCAGUGGUACAGUGAAAAGUUCCUGCGAGGAGUUCUGGACGACUCCACGUGUGAGCCAGUGUUCAAGCAGUACCAAAGCUGUGUCCAAGAAGCACUGAAGAAACUGAAAAUUGAGAUUCCCAAAAUCGAGGAAAUUCCUUCGGAAGAAAAGCCGAAGAAUAGACACUUUAGGUUUGCUCUUUUUUUUAUUGGCAACAGAGGUUAACAAAGUAAUAUUGGUAAAAUGUUAAGUCCAAUUCGCAAAGCCUUUUCUAACUGGUAUCGACGUUAUGAACUGAACACAGCCUUGUACAUGCUUGAACCCAAUGAGAAAUUGGCUAUGAAUGUUUUCUUUCUGUCAAUAUUUGGACUCAUUACAUACUCCUCUUAUGCAUAUCUGCCUCACUAUACUUCAACAAUGUUGGCUUUCUUUGGCAUUAUUGACAUUGAGGAAGGAUCUUAAGUUUAAUUUUUCUUGGUUUAUAGGCAUCAAAAGUGUUGCUAUGUUGUAAGAUAUUCCAAAAGAAUCAUUAUUUUGUAUUAGACUUUUGUAUGUGAUUUGUGAAUUUUUCUGCUUCCUUUGUGGAUGUGUUGUGUAUUGUUUACUGUUAUUUUUGCUGUUUUUAAAGAAAUCAUAUAAUUAUACUUUACGCUGUUGUGGAAAUCUUAGCUUUUGUUUUGUUUGAUUUUUUAAAGUAACACUCUUUGACAAUGGCUUCUGAGCCCAAGGCAGUACAGGUCUUAAGUGAACGUGAGCAGCGUCAGUCUA